ACUGAAAGCGACUUGGCUUGCUUGCCAGACAGCCAAAGUAGGCUUGGAAGCAGUGAUCAAGGCCUUGGCUCAGCUCUUUGUAGUAAUACAAUUUACAAUAUAAUGCAGCUGCAGCUGUUGCUCAUCUGCUCGGUACUAUCAUCUGGUUUGCCCACCUACUAUUUGCCAUAUGACCAAGGUGAGAGGUCGGAUCAUAGCCAUCAUCCUUAUGCCAAAUAUGUGGUGUCCAUACAGACGAAACUGCCCAGGUCGCAAUACUUUGGCACCAAUCACUUCUGCGUGGGUACUAUUGUGGCGCCGAUCUAUGUGCUGACUGCCUCGCAUUGCAUUCUGGAUUCAAAUCGCCUGUUGAAACCAGACGAGCUUCUGGUCAUCGCCGGUGCACCCAAUCGCCGAAGGCCCACGGAGCAUACUCGCAUCCUGCACAUCCAGUCAGUGCACCCAUACUCCCGCAAUCGCAUUACGUUCAAUCACGAUCUGACUUUGCUUCGACUCCAGGACAACGACACACUCGAUCUCAAUCUCACACUCAGCCUGGGCAUAGCACAGCUGGCAACACAUCAGCCGUACGCGCACUCGAACUGUAUUGUGCUCGGCUGGGGUCGAGCGCAGAUGAAAGCACCCUUUGCUGAGGAGCUGAUGCCGCGAGUCUUUCAAGUGCAGCCGCAAAAGUAUUGCCAAAGCGUAUUUCCAGUUAGCUUCAGGAAAGAACUGUUCUGUGCUACCGUGUCGCCCGAGGCUUCGCAAGAUGUUUGUGGCGGUGACUCAGGGGGGCCACUCAUCUGUGGCAAUCAGCUGAUGGGCAUUGUUACCCGUGGGGUCUUAUGCGAUCGCCGUUACCCAGCUCUAUUCGUUUCCGUUGCCUCGCAUCGUCGCUGGAUUAAGCGAGUCUUCUCAGGAGUCGGAAAAUCCUUGCCACUAAUUACAUGGCUUAGUUUAAAUAUUAUUUACUAGCAUUGUGAACUGUGGAUCGUGAAAAUUUAAGAGACGUUUCCAAAUGGAUGAAGCGAGUCCUUUUAG